CGCUCGCGGCUCUUAUUGUGAAGGAGCUGGUGCGCAGCGAAAACCAAGCCUGUCUUUGACGCCUGUACUUCUUCCUAGGCUUUCCUCUUCCAGCUGCUCCGAUGCCGCCUGGGAACGCGUCCGGCCCCUCCCCCCCCUGCUCCCCCGUCGGCCUGAGCGCCGUGAACGCGGCCUUCUCCGUCCUCCUCCUCCUCUCCUUCCCAGUGGCCCUGCUCCUCAACGCCGCCGCCGCGUGGCUCUCUCUGCGCCUGCGCUCCACCUCCACCUUCGUCGUGUACCUCAAAAACCUGGCGGCGGCCGACCUGCUGGUGACCCUGGCGCUGCCGUCCAUGGCGGCCAGCGCGCUCCCGGGGGCGGGGGACGCGUUGAAGGCCUUCACCUGCCGCUACUCGGGCGUCGUCUUCUACAGCGCUCUGUACACGAGCAUCGCGCUGAUGGGCCUCAUCAGCCUGGACCGGUUCUUCAAGGUCGUGAGGCCGUACGGGAGGGCUUUAGGGCAGAGCGUGGCCUUCAGCGUGGGGGCGUCGGCCUCGGUUUGGGUGGUGAUGUUUGGGAGCACAGCCGUCCCGACCGUGGUUCUGACCAACCAGCGUCCUGCUAACGCGACGGGGGACUUCUGCAUGGCUAUGAAGGGCGCGGCGGGCGUCGCGCUCCACAAGUGCGUGGUUCUGUUCAUGGAGAUGCUCUUCUGGUCCGUCACCGUCCUCAUUGGGUUUUGUUACGUGUGCAUCACCCUCAAAGUGCUGCAGUCCUUCAGGAAGUCUGGCAGCAGCAACAGCGGCGGGAAGAAGAAGACCAAGCUGCGCGUCUUCUCCGUCCUCCUCGUGUUCGUCGUGUGUUUCGUGCCUUUUCACGUGAUGCGCGUUCCCUUCACGGUCAACGCCGACUUCGACCUCUGCUCCGACAUGUGGCUGUUUGUGGUCCACAGUCUGACGCUGUGGCUCUCCACCACCAACUCCUGCCUGGACCCGCUGCUGUACGUCUACCUGAGCCGGGAGUUCAGGGACAAGGCGGUGGACAUGGUGAAAGCUGGAGGCGUCUGUGUCGGCUUUUGCUCCAAUGAGAGGGUUUCACAGGCAGAGAAAGUGGAGCACCCCACGACAUGAGUGAAAACACCACGCCGGCUUUGACUGUGGUGUUGUAUUGCCCCCUAGUGACCUAAUAAAUAUUAUCAUCAAUUGACAACAUAUUUAAAAAAUAAAAUGUAAUAAACACACACACACAAAGCAUUGAUGUUAAAGGCUUUGAAAUGAAUUUUGUUGUAUUAUUACUUGUUUUUCUGUUUCUAUCCCACACAUACAUACGUUUUCCAGUCUUGUGUCUUCAGUCAGUAAUUAUGUUACACAAUAUAUGUACAGUUAAUGUACUCUAUGUAUAAAGCCUGUAGAUGUAUAUGCAUACAAUAAAUCUUGGUGGAGCUGCAUGCACAUCGCUCAGCUGUAUUGUGAACGACCUCCCUACAAACACGCAUUUGCCAAAAAUGUUUUUCUUCAGU